UGAACCAGACCUAUGAAUUAUUUUCCACAUUGAAAUUUGUAAGUUGUCUUUUUGCUUAGAGAUUUUCUUCAGGAAAAAAUUCAAGAUGGCGGAUUAUUGAAGACUUGAGUAGUCCUGAAGUAUGAGUAUGAAAGAAUUCACAGCAAGAAGUUCCAAUAGGACUAACUAAUAGACUAGGAUGAAUGAGUUAGAUCCGGGCAGUGACUAUCGUGAGACCAUGUCCAGUGUGGUGAUCCUGUCCUCUCAGCCCAACUCCCACCCAUUCCAGGAGCGACAUAUCUCACUGAUAGAGCCCGUCAAAAUCGGCCGCUCCGUCGCCCGGGCCCGACCCGCCUCUAAUAAUGGCAUAUUCGACUGUAAAGUUUUGUCCAGGAAUCAUGCUGUGGUGUGGUACGAAAAUGGCAAGUUUUACCUGAAGGAUACCAAGAGCAGUAAUGGCACGUUUAUCAACAACCAGCGCCUCAGUCGUGGGGGUGAGGAGAGCGCCCCCAGGGAGAUAUUCUCCGGGGACCACAUACAGUUUGGUGUGGAUGUCAUGGACAACAACAAAAGAGGAGAAAAAAUCACACAUAACUGUAUCACAGCCACUGUAACACUAUUUCACCCAGACGGACGGGAAGCUAGGAAUGUAUAUUCUGAAUCAGGGCAGUUUGCUAAUACAGUGUCUCCCGGAGUCACAAUACAAUCUCAGGAACUUUAUCAGCUGGCUCAGUAUUUACAGGAGGCUCUACACAGGGAGAAAAUGUUGGAGCAGAAACUGGGCACGCUACAGCAGCUAGUGGACAACACACAGGAGGCGUCAGAGAAUGGGUGGCAGGCGUUAAUAGAUGAGGACCGGCUACUGUCACGUCUGGAGGUGCUAGAGAACCAACUACAUAUCUACUCUAAGAACCAUGCAGAAGAUACUCUACGCCAAGAGGUAGUGACUCUACAAGAAGAAAAGAACACAUAUGAAACUACUGCCAAAGAAUCUCUGAAAAGAGUUUUGCAAGAAAAACUCGAGGCUGUCCGGAAACUUUCAGACCUUGAGAGAUCAUUACAUAACACUGAGGAUGAGUGCGCUCAUUUGAAGGAAAUGUGUGAGAAAGCUCAGGAAGAGCUCCAGGCUCUGGCUGAGAAGUAUCAGGACCAACAAAAAGAGGUCAUAGAGAUCCAGGAAAAAUUACAGGAGGCGGAGAGGCACCACCUGGAGGAGGUGGAGAAGCUCCGCCAAGAGAAGGAGGAUCUGAACGAGAAGUUGGAGGAGAUGAUCCGCCAGGAGACCAUCCUCACCGCCAAGAUGGAGUCUAUACAAGCCGACAAUGAUAUCGCCAUGGAACAGCUCGCCGCCAUGAAAGAAAAACUAGAGGCAAUCAAAGAACCGAAGGAGAAUGUAAUCGAGGAAAACGGUGAGGGUCUGACGAACGGGGACAGGACGACGGACGAGGUUAUCAACACCAGUGAUAGAAAGGUCAUCGUAGGAGACGACAUCAAGAUCAUAAUGACGGACGAUGAGAACGAUAACAAACUAGAGGAUAUACACAAACCAGACAACUUAAACAAUGUACAGAACAAUAUAGAUGAUGUGGAUUCCAUGAAAAUUAACUCAGAAAAAAGCAGUCCAGAGGACAUUCAGGGAAAACUGAGAGAUGCACAGAAGCAGAUAGAAAAAUAUAAAGAAUUGAUCAGGGAAUCAGAUGUUAAGAUGAAGGAAAGUUCUGACAAGUUAGAAGCUGUUCAGAAAGAACUUGAACGAGCAGAAACUGAUGCUAAACAGUACAUUACCAAGAUUGCCUCGUUAGAAGAAAAGCUAAAGCUGUCGGACUUACACUUGAACUUAAUGAUGGAAAAUACCAUGGCAGAUCUGAAGCAACAGCUUAAAGUUUCCCAACACCAAACUGAUAAUAGCUCAGGGCUCAUAACAGAACUACAGGAAAAGGUUCACAUUCUGGAAAGUGAGAUCAGGAAUGCUCGGUUACCACCAGAGAAGAUGGAAGCCACACUGGUGGCUACCUGUGCUUCCAAACCUACCACCACCGCAUCACAGAUGGACGAGUCUAACGACUCAGGUCUGGAGGACGACGACAAUCUUAAAGAGCUGUUGAGGGAAGCGCGAGUAUUACAAACCAAGGCAGAAACAGAGCUCAAGAAAUGUAGAGAUGAAUUAAAUGUGAGUAAAACAGAGGUUCAAAGGAAAGAUGAAGAGACAAGUAACUUAAAGGAUCAGUUGUGUGAUGCCCAGAAACUGACCCAAGAUCAGUCCAAGAUGGUGGUGGACCUCCAGGAUCAACUUAAAAGGGCAGAGACUCAAACCAAAGAGGUCAAACAACAGAUCCUGGAUCUGAGGGACCAAUUAAUGGAGGAGCAGAAAAUAGCUAAAAAUAGCCAAGAAGAGAUGAUAGCCGUCACAUGUGAACUUGACCAAGAAAAACUGAGAAAUAAAGAAACCAAAAAGGAACUAGAAGAAACAAAAUCUAAACAUUUAGAGAGUCAACAAGCUGCCAAACAAACCCACAAUGAGGCUGAACAACUAAAAAACAAAGUUCGCCAGCUGCAGGAGCGACUGGACUCAGAGAGACGAACAUCUUCUCACUAUGGUACGAGAAGCCUCCAUCUGGACCCACAUGGUCGUGACUCGCACGGUCGUGACUCGCAUGGUCGUGACACACACAGUCGUGAGCUUUCUCAUGGAAGCUCUUCACUCAGGGAUACUCAUCAUGGCUCACAUAGGGAACUCCACAAAACUAACAGUGGAGGGCAUACGCCCUCCAGCCCCUCUGGGAAACAACGAGGUAAUAUUAUCGGUGAGUUUACAGCACUCAAAGAGGAAUGCUCAAGUCUUCGAAAGAGAAUCCAAGCCAUUGAGGCUGAGAUGAAAAUGUCACGUAAAGAGAACUUACAGCUGUCUGCAGAAUACAACAAACUUCAGGAGUCAUACAGGCAGUUAGAGGCCACAAAGGACCAAUUAGAGAGUCAGGCUUCAGCGUGGCAGUCCAACCUCACCGACUCCCAGAAAGAAAACGAACAGACACGACAACAGGUGGGGGACAACAGGCAGCCAAUCAGAGGUUUGGUAACGGCAGGGUCAAAUGUCACAGGGUCACCGGGUCAGCAGUUACAAGAAGCCACGGCUGAGGUGGCCAGUCUGAGGUCAAAGUGUCAGGAGUACAAGGACAGGGUCAGUGAGCUGGAGGUCGAGAUGAGCCUCGUCCAUGAGCAGUACAAACACCUGUCUGACCGGACCAAAGUGUUGUCUUUCGCCUCCAGUAUACCCCUAUUGAUGUUAUUGUUUGCCAUCCUAAUGGCUCUCUAUCCCACCCUGGCUCAGAUCACCGCGACAACAGUCUGACAUCAUCAUCACCAGGGGAGAUCACUGCUGAUUCACCCUCAUCUUCAUCCUCUGGGUGUUUGAUAUAUGCUGUCUGUGAUGUGUGAUUGAUAAACUGAAAAUGAUUCUGAUAUAUGUAUAUGUAAAUGUGGUGUAGAUGUGUAUGGAAAUUUUUGUUUGGUUUGUUAAUUAGUUUAAUGAGUUUAUUGAAUUUAUUUUAUUUCAUGUAUACAAGUUACUGUAAAGAUUCUGUUGUGGGCACUUAUUUGUUUAUAUAUUGAAUGAAAUAUGUAAAUGUGUUUGUUCUUAUAUGGAUUCUUUUCUUUAUGUUUCUGAACCCAUAAAGGUAGCAUGAAUCCUUUAUAUUCCUGUGAUAAAGUUAGUGCUUACAAUAACCUCAGUAAUGCUGGCGAAACCUUAAAGCAAUAAACAAGUGUCAUUAUAAUCAAACUUCAGGAUUUCUGAAAGUUCUUUUUCUUAAUCGUCAUAAUAAUCUCUGGCCUUACAGAUUCAAAUUUAUAAUGUGCAAGAUCUUUCCACAGUGUUCACUUUCUAGAGGUAAUAGAAUUCUUAAUCUGAUGGUAUUUGUUCAGGAAACCAAGAAUGUUUAGUGUAAAUGAUUUAAAAUAGAAUUUGUUGCAAGGAAAUGCUGAAUAUUUAAUAUUUUUUCUAUUUACCUGUACUUUGUCAUAGAGAGUGAAAUAUAUAUCAGUGUAUAUUUUUCACAAGUUGACUUGCAUUGUAACACUAAAUGUAGCUAUAGAAGCAAUUAAAUAUGAAGAACUUAUUUAUUUUUAGGUAGAUUUUGUCUCAGCUAGGCUCUCUCCCCCUAUAAAGAGGCUGGAAUGUAAAUAUUUAGAACCAAGAGUGUGAAUUUGUGUGCUUGAUAAAACCCCUUCCAAAACCAAAUUGCAGAAUGAUGGAUUUUGAAGUUAUUGUUAAGGAAUGUCCAGUCAUGAUACACUUUGUAAAAUUUGCUCAAGUUUGUAAAGAAAUCUGGAUAUUUUUUUUUCUUCUUGCAACCAUUUUUUAAAAAAAAUAUUUUUCUUUUUUAUUAAACAGAUGUAAAACUGUAAUUAUGAAUAUUGUAUACCAGUAGUGUGCAAUAUGGCUGACACUUCAGUAUGAAAAUUUCACUGAGCAAAAUUUUUGCGGUAUUUUUGCUACAAAUUUUGUAAUGCUAAGCUUGAGAGGGCACCUUGAACUCAAGUCUUCCUGUGUCCCGACAGAUCACACGCCCUCAGUGUCCUCAUGUGCUUUUCCUUUUGUACCUCUGAGUCACCUUCCCAGAGAAGGGGCCCAAGAAGAGGAAAAUUUUCGUGCUUUUGUCAUUGGUGAUUUCUGUUUGAUCUGCUUUUCAUAGGAUAUUGUUUCGUUUUCAUGGAAAUAAAAGCUUUCAUGUCAUCCAAACAUAGAAACACCAAGAUCUGAGCUACACGCAGCUAUGUCUUUUUUUUGUCAAUUCCCCACCCUCUUCCCAUUUCUGUGUGUGUUUGUGUGAUGAGAGUGUGUAUAUGUACAUAGGUAUAUGAUUAUAUAAGAUAAUAUAUAUACUAAGACCAUUGUACAUAGAUAGCAAACCCAGAAAUGUCACAUGACCAAAGAUGUCAACCAAUUAGCAGGAUUGUCUCAUUGUACAAUAACCAAUCAAAAGAGUUGUCUCAUUGUACAGUAUUUAAAAUCAUCAACCAAUCAGUAGGGUUUUCUUAUUGUUGAAGGGAUAUCAUCCAAUCAAGAGAACUGCCUUCUUUCACAAUGAAUAAUGGUUUCUUUGUAAUCUGAUCAUUUUUUUUUUUGUAUUCAUUAUCAGCUCCAUAAACAAGAAAUGCAUUAGCAUGUGCUUUUAAAUCUUCUAUACAUACCAGAAAGUUAGAAUAUUUUUUAAGGAAACAGGGUAUGUAGAGUUUCCGUAGUUUUGUGAAUUGGAUGAUUAUUACCUUAAUCAUUAGUACAUGUAUUAAUAGAACCACCCCUUAUUUCCACAUCAUCCAUGUUGUAACAUGAGACUGCCAUUCUGCUAUUGUAUGAAUUCUAGGAAUGUGACAUAAAUCUGGAGUACUUUGUAUAAACACCAUUUAAUAAUUUGAUUUGUUUUUUAUUACUUCAAAUGUUGACAAUAAAGCUAUGCAGAUAUGCA